AUGAAAAAAAAAACAAUAAAAAUGAAGUCCACACAUUCAUUUUAUAAUUUACAUCAAAUAAAUAUAAGAAGAAAUCCACCAGCUAUAUACAAGGGAGUGGGAGUAAAAUACUUGGGAAUUAGUGAAGUAAUAAAUGUUUGUAUUUUUCUAACUUCAUGGUAUCAAUGGCUUGAAUAUCAUAACCGAACGGCUAGAAAUACUCGGUAUUACAUCAUACAAAGUAAAAGUGAAACUACUGAAGCCGUAUUCCAAAAUAUAGUCAAAGGCGGAAAUUACGUUAAAAUGAACGCAUCCCCAUUUGAGAUAAUAGUGUUGAGUGUCUCCAUAGAAGGACAAGAUGAUGAAGUUAAAAGGGAGAAGUAA